AUGUCGGAAAGUUGCCACAAUGAGUACAAUGGAGCUGGCGCGGAUCCCAGUUGGUGCCGACGGGCUGGCAGCUCUUCUCCGACGGGCUGGCAGCUCUUCUCCGCCCCCCGGCUGUCUGCGCCGUGGGCGGAGGGCAUGGGAUUGUCAGGGCGGAUUUCUAAAGGAGUAGCGCUGUCCGAGUUAUCACAGAUCAUACUGACCAGGAGACCGCCUGAGGACCGCCUGGGCCCUGGGCUCCCCUUCCUGGAAGACGCCCGCGGUGAGGCUGAGACGCCGCCUGGGACAGAGGCCAGUCUGCAGCCGCAGAGGGGGCCCCUCGGGUCUGGAGACACAGCUGCAGAGGUUCGUCCGGACGUGCCGGUGGUCAGUGUGGCUCUCCGCGCCGCGGGCAGGACAGUGAGCACACGAUCAGUGGAGCCGGGGCCUCUGCAGUCAGAGGCUCCAAAUGCGCUGCUGAGAGAGUCCAGCGGGCCGGGCAGCUGGCCAGGGCCACUGCUGGCCUCCAGGCCGUGUCUGCACAUGGGGCUCUGUCUCACGGGGCAAAGGCUGGGGGGAGUGAGCGGUGUGGUUGCCACAGGGACACAGCCCCUCACCGCCACCGCUGCAAGCCCCCCAGCCGGCAGGUCAACUGGACGUGAGCAAGGUCAGGGUCCAAAGCAAGGCGCCCGCCGCGCCGUGCAGGAGCCGCUGCUUGCGGGCCCCUCGUGA